AUGGACAAUACUAGUAAGAUGAACAAUUACCAGUAUAUCUUCACCAAGGUGAUGAAUAAACGAUUAAAGUUUAUUCUCAACAUCAAUAUCAUCAUGGCCGUGAUAAUAUCAAUUACUUUACGAUUACCUUGUGGGCAAUUCUGGUGGAAUUUAAUCUGGACCUUUGCCAUUAGGGGACCAGCGUUGUUCACAGCAUUGAGUUUGAUUAGACAGGCACGAAAGAAGUUUUCUACUGUCGACUACUCCGUACACAAAUCAUUGGGUUCCCAGAUCUACCAUAGUGUGUUUCUGAUGACUUUUGUCAAGUACAGUUUGUUCUAUGUCAUUUCAAGUUAUUUGAUCCAUGCUGUGUAUAUGUUUCAAUUACCGUUUGCGUUUGAUUACUACUUGCUUUCAAAAGAAUAUAGACAGAACCCAUUGAUCAAUGACGAAUGGGUAUACUACUGGUACUGUCCUCUAGUAGUGGCUUUACUAUACAGUAGUCAUCAUAUCAUAUUUCAAAGAAACAGGUUGCAAUUAGAGUAUGGAAACAGCAAAAGAACCCCAGAGAAGUACUUGUUCAGUCGAAUUCCUCAGUUAAUCGGCCACUCCUUGGGUUUAUCCAUAAUCAUCGCCAUCGUGACUCCAUUAUCGUACUACUUCUUCAAACCACUAAUCUACAAAACCAACGUCUUGCUUAUUCUUUUGCUUGGACUCGACCCAUCCAUUCCACCAUCAGCUACAUCGUUCAAGACAUACUUGCACUUGGCAUAUGUUGCUUACACCACUUACUUGGGCUGGGAAAUCGCUAAUCAUACCUUUGAAGUGUAUGCCACAAUUGGGUGUCUUGAUGGAAACAAGCCAAUCUCAACAUAUCUGGCUGACCCAAUAAACUGUCUUCUUUCAGGAUUACGCAACGUUGACCCGCAAUAUCUGUUGAGUAGAGUCACAGCAUUUCAAGAAUUAGCUUAUAUUUCCAUGGCCAAGGAUCCGGAAGGAAUCAAGUUGAGAAAUGCAAUCUAUAAUGCCAGAAAUAGAAAGGGAUAUCUCUGGCCAGCUAUUUUCGAUGAGUGUUCGUUAGUGAUCAAGGAAAUGACUGAUCGAGUGAACUAUAGAAGUAUUAGUGAUUUGAAGGCCUUAAAAGAAGGAAAACCCGAUGGAACCGCGUUUGAAUUCAGUAAAGAUGACAAUAUUUUUGGAAAUUCAUUUAUAUCCAGUGUCAGGUCAUCACCAGUCACCAACAUAAAAGAGUACAAGAAGGAAGAACCCACCAAAUCAAAGUAUGACUUUAUCUACACCAUCCUUGCCAAGAACAAGAUCCCCCUCCCAAAAAUCACCAAUCACAAGUUAAUAACUGCCCUUAGGCAAAAGUAUCAAAUUGGAUGCGACUACUAUAAUAAAUUCAGCACCACACUUCUCAACACCUGGAUUGGCGUUUUCUUCCGCACUACACUUAAGCGAGACACCGAAUCACGAGUGAUUAACCCGGUGAAUUUCGGGAAUGCCGUGAUUGCAGUAGCCAACUUACUCAUUCACUCAAUUGAAGAAGACAAAAACAACACCAUCACCGCCAACGACGUCUGUCAAGUAUUAAACUUGUUUGAACGACCAAUAAGGGCAUGUUCAAAUUAUAUCGAUUAUGUCCCCGCCUCAGUCUACGUCAACGACGACAGCAAGAACAAUCUCGUAGGAAUAGUUCACGAUUUGACGAUGCAUGAAUUCUACGAGUUAUGUGUAAAGUUCAAUGGGAAAUUGAAUGAUUUGGUGUUAACUCCCAAAACGUACAAGUUGGCCAAAUGGGUAAUUGAUGUCGCCAUUGCCGAGCAACAAAAGAGAAAAUAA